AUGCAGUAUACCACCUUCGUCCUCCUGGCGCUCGGGGGCCUGGCCCUCGCCAAACCGACAGCAGGGGCCUCAGUUGACACAACUACGGCCGGCGGUACCGGCAACCUGACUAGCUCAGGCGGAGCAAGUGACGACAGUACCUCAGGACAGGCUAACGAUGCCGCCGCCGGAACUGGGGACGCUAGUAGUGACAGUUCAAUCCAACAAUGUGUCCAAACAAUACUCUCCGCUGCGGGGCUUGGAUCGUCUUCCGGGAGUGGAGUUGUGCCUUUAACGAGCACAGGCACCGACACAACCGGAUCAAGUAAUGGCACUGGCACAGGAACCGCGACUGGCGCAGGAGCUUCGGGAAGUGGUGACGCCGGUAGUAGCUUACGCAUUCGCGACACUAGUACUCUUACUAGUAGCUCAGGCACGAAUGUUACUGACCCUGUUGAUUCCAAGCUAAUGGGAUCUGCUGGUACAGGUACUAAGACAGCUUCUAAGCCCAAGAACCGCAAGACUCUUGUUAUCGAACUUGACGAGAACGACCAAGCCGUAUCCGUUAGUCUUGUUCAAGAUCACCGCAUAGGUGGAAAGGACACCGCCGCCCUCGCUGCGUCUAUGAGUAGUACAAUGAGCGGCAGCUCUGGAAAUGGAACGGAGAUUGGAUCGAGCACAUCGGACGAUCUGACCGGUACUGGCACCGCCAGUUCCAGCUCAUCUAGUACUUCAGGUGGUGCCGCAUCUGGAGAAUCGGACGCAGGAGGAACUGUCUCGAGGAGAAUGGUGAAGAAAGUGAGAGGCCGCAAUAUAUGA